UGUGCUCUGAGUCGCUGAAGGGUGGAGUUUGAUCGCCGACUCUAAAAGAAGUAGGGAGUAGUGAGGGAGCUGAAAAAACUAUCUGACAUUUACCAGCGUUUUAGAACACCAUUUCUGCUGGGUAAAGGGAUUUAAUAUCGACAUUUCACUUUUAAAAGCGUAGAAAUCGUCGUGGAAAUAGCAAAUAAAGCCGAGGAGAGGAAAUCCCGCGUACCACAUCUGACUGGGAGGACAUCUCCCACUGAGACGGGUUUCUAUCAGGUGUAACAGCGGUGGAAUCAGAGAACGGCAGUCAUGGUGGCACUGUCAUUGAAGAUCGGCGUGGGGAACGUGGUGAAGACCAUGCAGUUUGAGCCCUCCACCAUGGUGUACGACGCAUGCCGCAUCAUCAGGGAGAGAGUACCGGAGGCACAGCUGGGCCAGCCCAAUGAUUAUGGCCUGUUCUUGUCGGACGAGGACCCAAAGAAAGGCAUCUGGCUGGAGGCAGGCAAAGCCCUGGACUACUACAUGUUGAGGAAUGGAGACACUCUGGAAUACAAGAAGAAGCAGAGGCCACUGAAGAUCCGCAUGCUGGACGGGACAGUGAAAACCGUCAUGGUGGACGACUCCAAGAUUGUCAGCGACAUGCUUAUGACCAUCUGUGCCAGGAUAGGUAUCACAAAUUACGACGAGUACUCAUUGGUUCAUGACCUUGGUGAGGAGAAGAAGGAGGAGACCACAGGCACUCUGAAGAGGGACAAAACCCUCCUCCGAGAUGACAAGAAGAUGGAGAAACUAAAGCAGAAACUUCACACAGAUGAUGAAUUGAACUGGCUGGACCACGGGCGUACCCUGAGGGAGCAGGGCGUGGAGGAGACAGAAAUGCUGCUUCUUAGGAGGAAAUUCUUCUACUCAGAUCAGAAUGUGGACUCCAGAGACCCCGUUCAGCUCAACCUGCUCUACGUCCAGGCACGUGAUGACAUUCUGAAUGGCUCCCAUCCUGUCUCUUUUGAAAAGGCCUGCGACUUUGCUGGUUACCAGUGUCAAAUCCAGUUUGGUGACCACAACGAGACAAAGCACAAACCAGGAUUUUUAGAUCUGAAGGAGUUCCUCCCUAAAGAGUACAUCAAAAACAAGGGCGAGAAAAGAAUCUUCCAGGCACACAAGAACUACCAAAACAUGACAGAAAUAGAGGCUAAAGUCAGCUAUGUCAAACUGGCCCGGUCUCUCAAGACCUAUGGAGUGUCUUUCUUCUUAGUCAAGGAGAAGAUGAAGGGCAAGAACAAACUGGUACCUCGUCUGCUGGGCAUCACCAAGGAGUGUGUGAUGAGGGUGGAUGAGAAGACCAAGGAAGUGAUCCAGGAGUGGAACCUGACCAACAUCAAGCGCUGGGCUGCCUCACCCAAGAGCUUCACCCUGGAUUUUGGGGACUAUCAAGAUGGCUACUACUCUGUCCAAACCACUGAAGGAGAACAAAUUGCCCAGCUGAUUGCCGGCUAUAUUGACAUUAUCCUUAAAAAGAAAAAGAGCAAAGACCACUUUGGCUUAGAGGGAGAUGAGGAGUCCACUAUGUUGGAGGACUCUGUGUCGCCCAAAAAGUCCACAGUGCUACAGCAACAGUUCAACAAGGUGGUGAAGGUAGAAACGGGCUCUGUGGCCCUGCCCGCCAUCAUGCGCUCGGGGGCCGGGGGCCCAGAGAGCUUCCAGAUGGGCUCCAUGCCUCAGGCCAAGCAGCACAUCACCAGUGGACAGAUGCACCGGGGACACAUGCCCCCGCUGACGUCAGCCCAGCAGGCCUUAACUGGCACCAUCAAUUCCAGCAUGCAGGCAGUGCAGGCUGCCCAGGCCUCGCUGGAUGAGUUGGAUGCCUUGCCUCCGUUGGGCACGGACGCGGCCUCCCAAGCCUGGCGCAAGAACAAGAUGGACGAGUCCAAACACGAGAUCCACUCCCAGGUGGACGCCAUUACUGCAGGAACAGCCUCCAUGGUCAACCUCACUGCAGGUGAUCCGGCGGAGACUGACUACACGGCAGUGGGCUGUGCUGUCACCACCAUCUCCUCCAACCUGACAGAGAUGUCUAAGGGUGUCAAGCUGCUGGCCGCCCUCAUGGAAGACGAGGGCGGCAAUGGACAGCAGCUCCUAGGCGCCGCCAAGAACCUGGCAUUUGCCGUGUCCGACAUGCUCAAGACGGCGCAGCCAGCCAAUACUGAGCCCCGCCAGAACCUUCUGCAGGCUGCAGGCAAUGUAGGCCAGGCCAGCGGCGAGCUGCUUUCUCACAUCGGUGAAACGGAUGCAAACCCUCACUUCCAGGACAUGCUUAUGCAGCUGGCGAAGGCUGUGGCUAAUGCCGCUGCUGCGCUAGUGCUGAAGGCCAAGAACGUGGCCCAGAAGACGGAGGACUCGGCCCUCCAGAACCGCGUCAUUGCUGCCGCAACCCAGUGUGCCCUCUCCACCUCCCAGCUGGUGGCCUGCACCCGCGUGGUAGCACCCACCAUUAGCUCGCCGGUGUGCCAGGAGCAGUUGAUUGAGGCGGGGAAGCUGGUGGCUAAGUCGGUCGAGGGCUGCGUGGAGGCUUCGCAAGGUGCCACCAGCGAUGAGCAGCUCUUGAAGCAGGUGGGCGUCGCCGCAACUGGUGUGACGCACGCCCUCAACGACCUACUGCAGCACAUUAAGCAGUAUGCCUCCGGCAGCCAGCCAAUCGGACCCCAUGGCGAGGCCACCGACCGCAUCUUAGACGUGACAGAGAACAUCUUCAGCUCCAUGGGAGAUGCUGGUGAGAUGGUGAGGCAGGCCCGUAUCCUGGCCCAGGCCACCUCUGACCUGGUCAACGCCAUCAAGAUGGAUGCCGAGGGCGAGUCGGACUUGGAGAACUCUCGCAAGCUGCUGUCUGCUGCCAAGCUGUUGGCCGAUGCCACUGCAAAGAUGGUGGAGGCUGCCAAGGGCGCUGCUGCGAACCCAGACAGCGAGGAGCAGCAGCAGAAGCUACGCGAGGCUGCUGAGGGGCUACGCAUGGCCACUAAUGCCGCCGCACAGAACGCCAUCAAAAAGAGACUCGUGAACAAACUUGAGAAUGCAGCCAAGCAGGCAGCAGCAGCUGCCACUCAAACCAUCGCUGCUGCCCAGCAUGCUGCCUCAUCCAAUAAGAACCCAGCUGCCCAGCAACAGCUUGUACAGAGCUGCAAGGUGGUGGCAGACCAGAUCCCACAGUUGGUCCAGGGGGUACGUGGUAGCCAAUCCCAGCCAGACAGCCCCAGUGCCCAGCUCUCCCUCAUUGGUGCCGGCCAGAACUUCCUCCAGCCCGGUGCCAAGAUGGUGACCGCUGCCAAAGCGACAGUACCCACCAUCAGUGACCAGGCCUCUGCUAUGCAGCUCAGCCAGUGUGCCAAGAACCUGGCCAGUGCACUCGCAGAGCUCCGCACUGCCUCCCAGAAGGCACAGGAAGCGUGUGGCCCUCUGGAGAUAGACAAUGCUCUGACAGUGGUGAGGGGACUGGAGAAAGACAUGCAGGAGGCCAAGGUCUCUGCUGCCGACGGCAAACUCAAACCCCUGCCAGGAGAGACGCUGGAGAAGUGUUCUCAAGACCUGGGCGCUUGCACCAAGGCUGUGAGCUCUGCCAUGGCCCAGCUACUGAGCGAAACCACCCAGGGCAACGAGAACUACACAGGUAUGGCCGCCAGAGACGUGGCCCAGGCCUUGCGUUCCCUCGCCUCCGCAGCAAGGGGCGUGGCAGCCACCACUGCUGAUCCCCAGGCCCGUGAAGCCAUGCUGGACUGUGCCGGCGACGUCAUGGACAAGUCAGCCAACCUAAUCGAGGAGACCAAGAGGGCCAUCGCCAAGCCGGGUGACCCCGACAGCCAGCAGAGACUGGCCCAGGUGGCCAAGGCUGUGUCCCAGGCACUGAACAGAUGUGUGAACUGCCUGCCGGGACAGAGAGAGGUGGACAACGCCAUCCGCACAGUGGGAGAGGCCAGCAAGAGGCUACUGGCCGACUCUUUCCCAGCCAGCGGGAAGAGUUUCCAGGAGGCUCAGGGUAACCUCAACCAGGCAGCGGCUGGCCUCAACCAGUCUGCCAAUGAGCUGGUGCAGUCCUCGCGCGGCACCACUCAGGACCUGGCGAAGGCCACCGGCAAGUUCGGUCAGGACUUCAAUGAGUUCCUGGGAGCUGGUGUGGACAUGGCGGGCCACUCGCAGUCCAAGGAGGACCAGACCCAGGUGGUGUCCAACCUGAAGACUAUUUCCAUGUCUUCCAGUAAGCUCCUGUUGGCUUCCAAGGUCCUCUCCACCGACCCCAACUCCCCAAACCUCAAGAACCAACUGGCAGCCGCCGCACGUGCCGUCACGGACAGCAUCAACCAGCUGAUCACCAUGUGUACGCAGCAGGCACCAGGCCAGAAGGAGUGCGACAAUGCUCUCCGGGAACUAGAGACUGUUCGAGGGAUGCUAGAGAACCCAACUGAAGCCGUCAAUGACCUCUCUUACUUUGACUGCAUCGACAGUGUCAUGGAAAACUCCAAGGUCCUUGGAGAAGCUAUGGCUGGAAUCUCCCACAAUGCCAAGAACAGUAACCUGCCUGAGUUUGGGGACUCUGUGAGCGCUGGCUCCAAAGCCUUAUGUGGCCUCACUGAAGCAGCCGCUCAGGGUGCCUACCUGGUGGGUGUGUCAGACGCCAACAGCCAUGCCGGUCAGAAGGGCCUAGUGGACCCUGCCCAGUUUGCCCGUGCCAACCAGUCCAUCCAGAUGGCAUGCCAGAACCUAGUGGACCCAGCUUGUACACAGUCCCAGGUCCUCUCUGCUGCCACCAUUGUUGCCAAACACACCUCUGCUCUCUGCAACGCCUGCCGCCUCGCCUCUUCCAAGACCGCCAACCCAGUUGCCAAGCGACAGUUUGUACAGUCUGCCAAAGAAGUGGCUAACAGCACCGCCAAUCUGGUCAAGUCAAUCAAAGCCCUGGACGGAGCGUUCAACCAUGAGAACCGACAGAAGUGUAAAGCGGCUACAGGGCCCCUGAUCGAGGCUGUGGACAACCUGACAGCCUUCGCCUCCAACCCAGAAUUUGCCAGCGUGCCUGCUCAAAUAAGCCCUGAGGGUCACGCAGCCAUGGAGCCCAUUGUGGUGGCAGCCAAGACCAUGCUGGAGAGCUCCACAGGCCUGAUCCAGACUGCACGCUCCCUGGCCGUCAACCCCAAGGACCCCCCCAAGUGGUCCGUCCUGGCGGGGCACUCCAGGACCGUGUCCGACUCCAUCAAGAAACUGAUCACCAACAUGAGAGAUAAAGCCCCAGGCCAGAGGGAGUGUGACGAAGCCAUCGAGGUUCUUAACAACUGUAUCCGAGAAGUCGACCAGGCCUCCCUGGCAGCCAUCAGCCAACAGCUCACUCCCAGAGAGGACAUCUCCCACGAGGCUCUCCAUGAUCAGAUGGCUGCCUCAGUGCAAGAGAUCAGCAAUCUGAUCGAGCCAGUGGCCAUCGCCGCCCGCUCUGAGGCGUCCCACUUGGGACACAAGGUGUCUCAGAUGGUCAGCUACUUUGAGCCCCUCAUCAUGGCAUCCAUCGGCACAGCCUCCAAGAUCCUCAAUAGUCAGCAGCAGAUGGCAGUGUUAGACCAGACCAAGACACUGGCCGAGUCUGCUCUACAGAUGCUCUACACGGCCAAGGAGGCUGGAGGAAACCCCAAGGCGGCCCACACUCAGGAGGCUCUGGAGGAGUCGGUGCAGAUGAUGAAGGAGGCCGUGGACGACCUGGCCGCCACCCUGAAUGAGGCCGCCAGCGCAGCCGGUGCCGUCGGCGGCAUGGUGGACUCCAUCACCCAUUCCAUCAAUAAAAUGGAGGAGAACCCUGGUGAGCCUGAGGGCACCUUUGUGGACUACCAAACCACCAUGGUCAAGACUGCCAAAGCCAUCGCUGUCACUGUCCAGGAGAUGGUGACCAAGUCCAACAACAACCCAGAUGAGCUUGGAGGUUUAGCCAACCAGCUAACUAAUGAAUUUGGAGAUCUGGCCACAGAGGCUAAAUAUGCUGCCAUCACUGCUGAAAACGAUGAGAUUGGCUCCCACAUCAAGAAACAAGUUGGGGAUCUGGGCUUCACCUGUACAGGCCUGGUCACCAAGGCUGGAGCUCUGCAGUGCAGCCCCAAUGAUGCCUUCACAAAGAAGGAGCUGAUCGACAGCGCUCGGAAGGUCUCCGAAAAGGUGUCCCACGUGUUGGCAGCCCUUCAGGCUGGUAACCGUGGCACCCAGGCUUGUAUCACUGCAGCCAGUGCUGUGUCGGGCAUCAUCGCUGACCUGGAUACCACUAUCAUGUUCGCCACAGCAGGCACACUUAACCGCGAGAAUUCCGAAACCUUUGCAGACCAUAGGGAGCAUAUCCUGAAGACUGCUAAGGCCCUGGUGGAGGACACCAAGCUGCUGGUGUCUGGUGCCGGAGCCAGCCAGGAGAGACUGGCCCAGGCCGCACAGUCCUCAGUCACGACCAUCACCAAACUGGCCGAUGUGGUCAAGCUGGGUGCUGCCAGCCUGGGUGCAGAGGAUCCUGAAACACAGGUGGUUCUGAUCAACGCGGUCAAAGAUGUGGCUAAAGCUCUGGGUGAUCUCAUCAGUGCCACCAAGGCGGCGUCGGGCAAGCCCCAUGAUGACCCUGCCAUGCUGCAGCUAAAGAACUCUGCCAAGGUGAUGGUGACCAACGUGACGUCGCUGCUGAAGACUGUAAAAGCAGUGGAGGAUGAAGCCACUAAGGGCACCAGGGGGCUGGAGGCCACUAUCGAGCACAUCAAACAGGAGCUGGCUGUGUUCAGCAGCUCAGAGCCGCCUCCUAAAACAGCCACACCAGAGGAGUUCAUCCGCAUGACCAAAGGCAUCACCCUAGCAACUGCCAAAGCAGUGGCUGCUGGGAACUCCUGUCGCCAGGAAGAUGUCAUUGCAACAGCGAACCUGAGUAGGAGAGCCAUCGCUGAUAUGCUGCACUCGUGCAAGCAAGCGGCCUAUCACCCUGAGGUCAACAUGGAGGUGCAGAUGAGAGCCCUGCGCUAUGGCAACGAGUGUGCUGUUGGGUACCUGGGUCUGCUCGAACACGUGCUAGUGAUCAUCCACAAGCCCACCCAUGAGCUCAAGCAGCAGCUGGCCACCUACUCGAAGCGCGUGGCUGGGUCUGUCACAGAGCUCAUUCAGGCUGCGGAGGCCAUGAAAGGAACAGAAUGGGUGGACCCCGAAGAUCCGACCGUAAUCGCAGAGAACGAGCUCUUAGGAGCAGCAGCCGCCAUCGAAGCUGCCGCCAAGAAACUGGAGCAGCUGCGGCCCCGGACCAAGCCCAAGGAAGCUGAUGAGAGCCUGAACUUCGAGGAGCAGAUCCUUGAGGCGGCCAAAUCGAUUGCAGCCGCUACCAGUGCACUGGUGAAAGCUGCCUCAGCUGCCCAGAGGGAACUGGUCGCCCAGGGAAAGGUUGGUGCCAUCCCAGCCAACGCAGCGGAUGAUGGACAGUGGUCUCAGGGUCUCAUUUCAGCUGCCCGUAUGGUUGCAGCAGCCACCAACAACCUGUGCGAGGCAGCCAACUCCGCAGUACAGGGCCACGCCAGCGAGGAGAAGCUCAUCUCCUCCGCUAAGCAGGUGGCUGCCUCCACGGCCCAGCUUCUGGUGGCCUGCAAAGUCAAGGCGGACCAGGACUCCCAGACCAUGAAGAGGCUACAGGCUGCAGGAAACGCUGUGAAGAGGGCCUCAGAUAACUUGGUGAAGGCAGCUCAGAAAGCAGCCUUUGAUGCCCAAGAUGAUCAGGCUGUUGUGGUUAAGAGCAAAAUGGUGGGCGGUAUUGCCCAGAUCAUUGCUGCUCAGGAGGAGAUGCUGAGGAAGGAGAGAGAGCUGGAUGAAGCCAGGAAGAGGCUGGCACAUAUCAGACAGCAGCAGUACAAGUUCCUGCCCACAGAGCUUAGAGACGAUGGGCAGGAGCAGUGAGAUCACACACACACACACACUUUUUAGACACACAGCGGAGACAAAUCAGAUGCUCAGGGCCUCGCCCGGGCUAUUAUUAGAGAAAACUAUAUAGUGUUAUGCUUAAAAGAGCAAUAUUGGGCAAAGUAAUUAAAGAAAUUAUUGGGGUAAAAAGUGAAAGUUGUCUAUUUUCAAUGUGUUUUUCUUAGUUUGUCACUUUCAAGAGCCUUAUUACAGUGCCACUGAUUGUUUUCUGGAUUAUGCAAAAAAUAAAUGCAAGUCCUGGAGGUAACUGCGCUUUUCAUAGUUUCUAUGUUAAUAAUGCAAUAGUAAGGUCCUUUAGGCUAGCUCUUAUAUCUAGAUUGCAUGUCUGCCCAGCAUCUACAAUCUUUUUACUCAAUAAAUUGUCGCAAAAAAAAAUAUAUUUUCCUUCACUGCUAGAGCAAUACUAUUUUUAUAGCGAGCACAAUGACCAUCUGGUUGGAGGUAUCUAUGCUGUGUUUUUAAUUAGAAAAAUGCAGCCACCAAAAGUACUGCUGUGGGUGGGUAAGAGUGAUAAGAAGUCAUAGCUGACUGCUCAAUGAUUUAAACUGUCCACUAGCUAUAUCAUGAAACAUAGUGAUGUGAUUGCCAUGAACGAGUGUGGGUCUGGUCAUGUACCAAAGACGACAGUUCAACUCAAAUAUGGGGGGUUUGUCAGGUGCUCUUUAUCUGAACCAAGGACAUUUACAGUAACUGCAUUUUGAUGCAAUUUGGACCAGAGGUGCAAUGAUUUACUGCGUUGAAAAAUUAAUAGAAAGAAUAAAAACAUAUCAUUUUUUAAAGAUAAAUAAAGCUAUGAAAUGUGUUACCAAUGGUAUCUUCUAUUAAAUGUGUAUGUUAAUAAAGUGAUUUGUUUGUCAACGUUUGGAGAUCAUCGGUUCUGUUUGGCCAGCUGUCUUGUUUGAAGCUCGUAAAGCCAUAUUUUAUUUCUUUCUUCAAGACAUUGUAUUUUUAAAUCAUUAAUGCUAUGUUUCUUUUGGUGCUAUUGAGUGGUUAAAUUGUUAACUGUUAUGUGUCAAAUAGACCUAACCAACUGAAACCAGUACAUUUUGAGAAAAAAAUUAAAAUAUACAGUAUAUUGUGGAUGAAAUCCUCUUUACAGCACAAUCGUAUGAUAGCAAUGAGGUAGAAGAAUAUGUACCCACGUUUAGUUUCUUAUGAGUAAUUAUUUUUCUUGAUUUAGCUGCCUAUUUCACAUUUUCACGAGCUUCAAUGUAACCUUCUGUCUGUUCAACAUAUCAAUGCAUCAAAAAGUGCCUGCUUAAUGUAUUUUACAGUAAUGUGUAACUGUUAACCUUUUCCAUCAUCAAGUGCACUUAUCCAUUUGUUUAACUUAACAAAAUAUAAAUUCACUCUUUUACAAAA